AUGGCCUCCUCCAGCAACUCUGGUGUUGCGUCCGGCGGGGGCAUCGCACCUCGUCAGCCCUGGGGUUCGUCCCCGACGGAUUACUUCAAUCUCGUCAAGACGCAGGUGCUGAUGCCCCUGGGCCGUUUCUCUGCGGCGUCUGUCUCCGAGAAAGAUACCAAAGUCGUCGAGAAGCUUCAGGAGUUGGCGAUAUUCCUGGAUUACGUCAAGAGAUGCCAGGCUGCCUAUCCGACUGCUGCCCCCCGCGAGCUAUUCGAUGCCAAAUAUCCUCUCAAGUCAUGCCUGACGAUGAUCUACAACCCGAGCCCGUCCUCCAAGAAGCAGUACGUUCAAGAGCGAACCAAGACUCGCGCCAAGACGCUUCACGAGUGGGCCGAUAGACUCAAAAAUACCGAGCGCGUCGCCGCUCGAGAGGCGGCACUGGCUGCGGCCGAGGAAAAGACUACAAGGCCCACCACCAACGACUCGAACGGUCUGACCAUCCCUCCACCCCGCAACCAUCCCAUCUGGGGACGCAACGGACUUAUGCACGGUCUCGCCCUUCGCCCCGGUGAUCGAUUCAUCACGGCUCUCAACCCCGUCUACGCGAAUGAAAAGCGUCCCGCCAAUGUUCGUGGCAACAACGGCAGUCAGGUCGGCGACUGGUUCCCCUCGCAGCUCUCUGCCCUCUUCCACGGCGCUCACGGUCAUUCGAACGCCGGUAUUUACUACCAGGGCAAGGACGGUGCUUUCUCUGUGAUCGUCGCCGGUACAUACAAGGACCUCGACGUCGAUUCGGGCGAUGUCAUUCUCUAUUCCGGCUCCAACGCCCGCGAGAGCAAUGAUAUGGAGAACAUUCUCCCUAGCACUGAGGCGACCAAGGCGUUGGCCAUCAACUGGGUCUCUGGCGCUCCCGUCCGCGUUCUCCGAAAGGCGCACAAGGACUCCAAGUGGGCUCCCUCGUACGGCUACCGGUACGAUGGCCUUUACGAGGUCACCUCCAAGGAGUUCGCCCACAACGACAAGAACGGCAUGUUCGAGCAGUUCCGUCUCGAGCGCCUUCCGGAUCAGACUCCGCUCGAGGAUUUGAAGAACAUCCCAAGCGCGCAGCAAGUCCGCGAUCUCCGCAAGUCCAAGGACCGCUACUAG